UUUUUUUUCUCGGUAUCUUUUGUCUCUUUUUGUCUUUUUUUUAACCAAGUAUCUUUUAUAUGAAUAAGCUUAAUCUUAUUAGCCAUUGGCGACCUGCUAGUAUUCUUGCUACUAAUAUAGAAUCAAAACCUUUUUGUCUUAUUGUAUUGAAUCAACCUUUAACAAGAUUAGAUCAUUUUCAACGUUUAUGGAAUAAUGCUUCAUUCAAGUUUGUUGCUGAUGGUGGUUCUAAUCGUUUAUAUGAUGCUUUUCAACAAGACAAAGACUUAUUAGAAAAGUAUUUACCAGAUGAAAUUCGUGGUGAUUUAGACUCUAUACGACCUGAGGUUCAAAGUUAUUAUGCAUCCAAGAAUGUACCUAUCACGAAAAUUAGUGAUGAAAAUUCAACUGAUUUUAUGAAAUGUGUUGAAUUAUUAAAAGAAAAGGAAAAACAAUUAAAUCAAGUGUUUGAUAUAGUUGCGACUCCUGCUCUAGGUGGACGAUUUGAUCAAACCAUUGCCAAUAUCAAUAUGUUAUAUUUUAUGAAGGAUCAAAUCGAACGAAAAGUGAUUUUAUUAAGUGAUGAAAAUUUGACUGUAUUAUUAGAUAAGGGAAAACAUCAUAUUCAUUGUAUGAAUGAAUUAGAAGGACCUACAUGUGGUAUCAUGCCAAUUGGUGCUCCAGCAACAAUGACAACAAAAGGAUUGAAAUGGAAUUUAGAUAAUCACACGUGUUACUUUGGUGGAAUGGUCAGUACUUCUAACGCUAUUGAUUCAAAUUUGAUCGAAAUUGAAACCGAUUCUCCCUUGGUAUGGACCAUAGAAAUCAAACAAGACUGAUGUAGUUUUUUUUUUUUUUUGGUAUAGAAAUAGUCUUUGUAUUUGAAAAAAAA